CGCAACGCCGUCGUAAUCGUAGCAGUCAGCUGUUGUGUCAGAGGCGAACAGUCCUUAACCAACAAACUGCGCGGAUAUUCCAGCCAGAGCCUCGCACGACCCGGUGGAUCCGUGACGUGGCCGCGCUCAUCUCGACCGCUCGACCGGCACGCGAGACGCAGAACCUGUGACUCUGAAUCAUCACGAGGCGAAGUAUGAUUUUGUAGCACCGUGUAACAUCUCCCAAGAUUUCUCUCAGAAUGUUUAAGGAAAGCGAAAACGGCGUGGGUGGCUGCAACGGUGCGCCACCUCGUCCCCGGAGAAUAUUUCCCCGAUUUUCCCUGCGGAGAUUAUUGUAUUCCAGUCCGCUUAUCGGCCGCCGUAUUGCCAGAACGCCCAGCGCAAGUAAUAGGAAUACAAAAGCUAAAGAUCAAGCAAGCGGCAGGGCGACGGAUGUUGAGAAAGGAGAGGCCAGAGUAAGCAACGGCUCGAGCCAUUUCCAAUUUCACAAUAUAGACCUACAGCGCGCUUCCAGCAAAGGCUCUGUGCUUUCUUCUGCGGGAAAGAGCAAUGAGAACGGAUUGAUGGAGUGUCCGUUAUGCUUAGCCGAACUGCCAGUAGAAUUCUUUCCUAUUAUUCAGUCUUGCCAUCAUCGCAGUUGCUACGACUGUUUUCAACAAUAUUUGAAAGUGGAGAUCUCCGAGUCCAGAGUUAAUAUCGCUUGCCCCGAGUGUUCAGAACCGUUGCAUCCAAAUGAUAUUCGGAUGAUUCUGAAUGACCAAACGCAGUUAGAGAAGUACGAGGAUUUUAUGGUUCGAAGAGUCCUUGCCGUAGAGCCUGACGCAAGAUGGUGUCCCGCUCCGGAUUGCAGUUUUGCCGUAAUCGCUAGCGGUUGCGCCUCAUGUCCAAAAUUACGUUGCGAGCGACCAGGUUGCGAUUCGUACUUUUGCUAUCAUUGUAAAGCACGAUGGCAUCCCAAUCAAACGUGCGAUGCUGCCCGAGCGCAACGAUCUCAAUAUUACGAGCGCAGCUCCUCUUUAAGUUUCAGUCAAACUGAUUCGCAGCACAGAGACGACAUAAAACCAUGCCCCAGAUGUCAAGUUCUGAUUGUCAAAAUGGACGAUGGAAGUUGCAAUCACAUGACUUGUGCAGUUUGCGGCGCUGAGUUUUGUUGGCUUUGUAUGAAAGAGAUCAGUGAUCUUCAUUAUCUUAGUCCCUCUGGUUGUACUUUUUGGGGUAAAAAGCCGUGGUCCAGAAAGAAAAAAAUUCUUUGGCAACUUGGAACUUUGGUGGGGGCACCAAUUGGAAUUGGUCUCGUCGCUGGUAUAGCAUUUCCAGCCAUGAUUAUAGGUAUACCGGUAUGGGUAGGACAGAAAUUGUAUACGAGAUACGAGAAGGCCAACAAACACAAGAGAAAUGCCUUUAUCGCAGGAGGAGUCACUGCAUCAGUCUUAGUGUCGCCAGUGCUGGCGGGAUUAGCAGUGGGCAUCGGCGUGCCAAUUUUGCUGUUCUACGUCUACGGCGUGGUCCCGGUGUCCCUGUGUCGAAGUGGAGGCUGCGGCGUCUCCACAAGCGGCACCGGGGUGCGAUUCGAAUUUGACGAUGAGAACGAGCUGAUGGGUGCCCUGGGCGUUCGCAACGGCGGAGACGCAGCAUCGAUAGACGUCGCGAGUCACCGCGGUGGCAAUCCGUCGAUAGGCGAGGCCUCCCUCUCGCUAGGUAGCGGUAGUCAGUUGGAGAAAUUGGGCCGGGAAAAUGACCGCGAGAGCGCCAGCAACGUGGCCCUCGCUGGCACCAGUCUGGCGGGGAGUAUAGCCUCCAGCGUGCUUCCCGGAGGUCAAAGGUUGGAAGUCCAGGCUGACGUUACAUCUACUCAACGUUUUAGCUUAUGUAGCGAGACUGCUUCCGCGGCUACUAGUCUGUCUGAAAAGUCCGUAAACGCUUCUAUCGCUCUGGACGAUGGCGCGGCUUCCACGAGGGCCUUGGCUGGUUCCGUUCUUAACUUUAAGAUGGAUGGCAGUUCAAUCAGUGGUGGUAGAAGCACGGAAGGAGAACAGGCGGCUAGCUCCGCUAACGGCGGCCACAUGGACUCUGCUGGGCAAGCUACCUCCCUGAGUUCGCUUGAAGAGGUAGCGCCCGGUUUGGCAAAACGUAUCCGUCGUAAGCUUACAUUUGACCGCCAAUGUAGCGACUCCAAUAGUUGGACCAUGUGCGGAGAAGACGGCGGUUCGGAACGCGUACGAUUCGACGAUCACGUCAGUGUAAUUGAAGCAGAUCAAGAAAGAGUUGUGGGUAGCAAAUUGGAAGGCUGCGGAGUAAAUAAUCGUUCAGCGGGAGGGCGAAAGCGAAACAAGGAUUCAGAGAUAGAGAUGGAGGUUCAGAAGAUAUCAAAGAGUUCAAACGGUGAAUUGAACGCCGAGAGUCCUGUGGACGAUACUUCGCGGGAACGCAUCAACGUGGCCACUUUGAGAAAUGUAUUUUUUCACACUUCAGCGGUACCUACGGAUCGCGAGAAACGAUUGUCUGUUAUAGAAGAGCCGAUACCGACCGUGUCGCAGACAUCUGGUAGUCGGGUCUUCGCGCCUUCACACGACGAGAGUCAGAGCCCUACUAGUACGGACGAGAGCUUGCAAUGCUAAGAAAAUUAAGACUGAGUCUCUGGACGUCACGAUAUGCAUGUGUCUCGCAAAACGAUGUGCGUAUAUACAUAUUCUUGAGUAUGUAUAUAUGUAUUGAACUACAUAAUUAUAAUCCGUAAGUAUAAACGCGAAGGUUGUACGUACAUGCCCAUACACGCAACACGCAGUAGAGUUCAAAUGUUAUACGGAAAGAGAUAAAAAUGUGGUAAAAUAGUUUUACUGAUUGAGUGCAUUUGCGCUGUGAUUAUGAUAUAUUAGAAAUUUAUGAAUGUAUACAACAUACACACAUACACAUACAUAUAUACACACAGGUACUGGCCUCCAAUUCGUUAUGAACAAUGAAGAAAAGUUUGUAAAAAUUCUUUUCGCGCCAAUAUUUUAUGAAUGAAUAUCGUUAUUAUAACAGACAAAAUAACCCUAUUACUUAUAUCUAGAUUAUUCUCCAGCUCCCGAAAUACGGUUUGUAACGAACAGGUGGACAAUACAAGCUAAAAGAAAGAAUUAUAAAGAUGAAAGUUAACGUCUCGCGGAUUAUCACUGCAUUUUAUAAGUCGAAUACUGCUCAUUACGUCUUUAAGUAUAACGCAUUCUCGCUUAAUGUAAUCUGUUAAGAAUAUUUGAAUAUGAAGAUUCUCCAAAAAUAUGUUUUCUCUUGCUGUGUGAAAAUACAGGUCAUACGACAAAGUAGUUUUAUUUUCAAAUAAUAUAGUUUUUUUUACGAUAUAUUAUACCGAAAUAAAAAGAUUACAGUUUCACACUUGGAAGAUAUGGUAUGCAAUACGUACAGACAUAUACAUAUAUAUAAAUACAAAUAUAUAAAUAAACAAUAUACUUAUAAAUAUAUAUGUAUUAUAU